AUGUUCUGCAUGUAUGCUUUUGAUCAAAAGUUCCCUAAAGAUGGUUUCACGAAACUUUCUCAUCAAGUUACACACCUUGCCGGUAAACUUCCUCUAGGGCUUAAAGUUAUGGGCUCCUACUUCCGGGGAAUGGCCAAGCACGAGUGGGAAAGAGUACUACCAAGGUUAUGGAGUCGGCUUGACGGAGAUAUCGAGAGCAUUUUGAAGUUCAGUUAUGAUGAUUUAACUGAUGAGGAUAAAGAUUUGUUCGUUCAUAUAGCUUGCUUCUUCAACAAUCAAAAGGUUGAGAAAGUGGAAGAGCAUCUAGCGGAGAGUUUCAUGGAUGUGAGGCAAGGUCUUCACGUUUUAGCUGAGAAAUCUCUCAUAUCCUUUGAUUGGGGAAUGAUAAAGAUGCAUAAUUUACUAGUCCAGCUGGGUAUAGAUAUUGUCCGUAAGCAAUCUGAUCGUGAGCCCGGGAAACGGCAGUUUUUGGUUGAUGAUAAAGAUAUUGGUGAAGUUCUCAGUGAUCCUACCACGAUUAGUAGAAGUGUUAUAGGCAUAUAUUCAACACAAAAUUUGAACUUGCACAAGUUAAGUGAGAGAGCCUUCAAAGGAAUUUCUAAUCUCCAAUUCUUAAGAUUGGCUACUUAUCCACAGAUUCCACACAUAGCGUCUUUGCCGGGAUUUGUGAAGCAUAUGUCUCCAAAACUUCAAUUACUACAGUGGGAGAAUUGGCCGAAUACAUGUUUGCCUAUUAAUGUCAACCUGGAGUUCCUGGUCGAAUUAAACAUGCCUAAUAGCAUGCUUGAGAAGCUGUGGGAAGAUAUUAAACUGCUUCGAAAUCUCAAGUGGGUGAAUUUGAGUCGUUCAUAUAAACUGAAGAAGCUUCCUAAUCUCUCAACUGCCACUAGUCUUGCAGAAUUAGAUCUCCGUUUAUGCUCAAGUCUGGUGAAGCUCCCUUCCUCUAUUGGGUAUCUAACUAAUCUCCAAAAGUUAAAUUUGGGUGGAUGCAUAAAACUGUUGGAGCUCCCUUCCUCUAUCGGGAAUCUAACUAAUCUGCAAGAAUUAGAUCUUAGUUAUUGCUUAAGUUUGGUGGAGCUCCCUUCUUCUAUUGGAAAUGCAACAAGUCUCCAAAAGUUAGAUCUCAGUGAAUGCACAAAACUGGUGGAGCUCCCUUCCUCUAUUGGGAAUCUAACUAAUCUGCAAGAAUUAGAUUUUAGUUAUUGCUCAAGUUUGGUGGAGCUCCCUUCUUCUAUUGGGAAUGCAACAAGUCUCCAAAAGUUAGAUUUCAGUAAAUGCACAAAACUGGUGGAGCUCCCUUCCUCUAUUGGGAAUCUAACUAAUCUGCAAGAAUUAGAUCUUAGUUAUUGCUCAAGUUUGGUGGAGCUCCCUUCUUCUAUUGGGAAUGCAACAAGUCUCCAAAAGUUAGAUCUCACUAAAUGCACAAAACUGAUGGAGCUCCCUUCUUCUAUUGGGAAUGCAACAAGUCUCCAAAAGUUAGAUCUCAGUAAAUGCACAAAACUGGUGGCGCUCCCUUCCUCUUUUGGGAAUCUAACUAAUCUGCAAGAAUUAGAUCUUAGUUAUUGUUCAAGUUUGGUGGAGCUCCCUUUUUCUGUUGGGAAUGCAACAAGUCUCCAAAAGUUAGAUCUUAGUGAAUGCACAAAACUGGUGGAGCUCCCUUCCUCUAUUGGGAAUCUAACUAAUCUGCAAGAAUUAGAUCUUACUUAUUGCUCAAGUUUGGUGGAGCUCCCUUCUUCUAUUGGGAAUGCAACAAGUCUCCAAAAGUUAGAUCUCAAUGAAUGCACAAAACUGGUGGAGCUCCCUUCCUCUAUUGGGAAUCUAACUAAUCUGCAAGAAUUAGAUUUUAGUUAUUGCUCAAGUUUGGUGGAGCUCCCUUCUUCUAUUGGGAAUGCAACAAGUCUCCAAAAGUUAGAUCUCAGUAAAUGCACAAAACUGGUGGCGCUCCCUUCCUCUUUUGGGAAUCUGACUAACCUAAAAAAAUUAGAUCUUAGUUAUUGCUCAAGUUUGGUGGAGCUCCCUUUCUUCAUUGGCAAUGCAACCGAUCUCCAAAAACUGAAUCUAAGUUAUUGUUCAAGUCUACUUGAACUUCCCUCCUCUGUUGGAAACCUUCAUAGAUUGACAGUGCUUGAUCUGGAGGGAUGCUCAAAGUUAGAGGUUCUUCCGACCAUCAUCAACUUGGAAUCUCUCGUCGAACUCAAUCUCAGAUAUUGCUCCUUGUUAAAAAGUAUCCCUGAGUUUCCCAUAAACAUUGAAGUCCUCAAAGAAAGUGGAACUGCAAUAGAAAUUCUUUCAUCCACCACCAAGUCGGGGUAUAGUCUUCAUGAAUUGGAGAUGUCAUACUUUGAAAACUUGGAACACAGAGAAUCUGAAGGCAUAGAGAUAAAGACAAAGAAAGACAAGAGAAGAUGGAGCAAAUUAUUUAUUAAAUUUUUGGCUUUCAACUUCAGUAAUCCCUUCUGUCAUAUCAAGAAAAGAAAAAAUAUGGUCUGA